AUGGCGUCCACGGAGGAGGACGGCUCCGCUGAGGAGAAGGAAACCAACAACAAGAAGAGAACGAAAAGUGCGAUCGCUGUCGCAUGGCUUACAUUUUACAACAUCGCCAUGACGGCCGGGUAUGUGGAUUAUUGUGCCCUAUAGUUGAUUAUAAAGUAGCCACUCCCUGAAAACUUCGCUAUGCACCAGAGCGCUGUGAGCAAGCGUGUGUUGCUGUUUAUAGGUCCGUGGUGUCUCUGCCAGUGCAAGUGUCCCAUUCUGUUGCAGUGAGCAAAAUAAAAGUAAGGGACUUGAUAUGAAAAGGGUCCAAGAAGUCAUAUUGAUUAUUUGAGAAUUGUCUAUCUUUUUGUGAAAAUAACGGCAGUGGAAGUGCGGCCCCCGUCGCGGGUUCAGCCUGCCCAAAUACGGUAGAUUACACGGUGUCAGCGUCAUACCCAGCACUACCUCGACAGUUGCAGUGAUAAGUAUAGACGGCGCGCUGACACUGGAGCUCCGAUCUCGGAGAAUGAAAUGCCCAAUUGGCAGAUUUUUAUAACUGCAAUUUUAUGCGCUUCAAACCGCGCGGGACUGUGCAAUUAUUUUACUCAAGUGUUCUCAUAGUUAUUUUAGUGAAGUCACUAAACGAACUUACUUUACUGGUUGCCACGUUUUCAAUAAGUUAUUAAGCUGUUGAUUGUGUCUUACAUUCAUUUGCAUUGGUUUGAGCCACUUUAACGAGGAAUGGGCCUUUUUGGAGAUAUGCAUAAAAUGCGCAUUUAUGGAUGUCUUGGAUCCAUGUGAUCUCCACUUCCACUCAUUGUAGUUUAUUGUCUGCUCUACACAUAAUGGUUAUUCUGGUAUUACAUGAAGGUGUGAAAACUAGGUUCAGUUGUCUAGUCUUUUGUUCACAAAGACCAAUAAGUGGUUGGUUAUAAGCCCCUGUACCUGAUCUCCCUCAUACAGAAUAAACAGAUACCACACUUUUGAUUCAAACAUUCAAAGAGCUGUUAAAAUAUUGACUAUUGCAUUCAAACUGUUCUUUUGUUGUCCCUUCUCUCCAUAUGAUAGCACAAACCUUCACCCAUAUUUUUCAAUAAUCCUUAUAUGAUAGUAACUGUUAGUAACUGAACAGUUUUGCAAGUCCUAAACCCAGUUAAUGUAAUUAGCAUCAAAUAAACUCUAAUUAAUUACUGUGCUGAGACUGAGAGAUAAUACAUUUACAAUAAAAUAGGAAUAUACUCCAAAGUAAUGCACCUCAGCCCUGGUAAACCAGUGUUUUUUUAAAAACAGAUCGUGGUUUGAAACAGAUCAUGUUGAGUUGUUCAUGUAAUCAAAUAAGAGUUAGGCAAACCUUUGCAAUAUAGGUAAACACUUGUCCACAUCUUGAGCACCUGACCGACCAACCACCUGAUGUCAAGCAGUGAACAGUAGCCACUAGGCUACAAGAGUAUAUACAACAGUACCAGGUCAACCUGGUUUAACAGUACCAUUCCUUUACAACAGACAGUAGCAGUAGUGUAUCUCUCACUAAUCCUGACAAGGUUUGAGUUAACUUCAAGGUACACUCUAAAACGUCACAUAAACUGAGAUUUACAAGGAACCUAUCUCAUGGGCACUUGACACCUCAGCGGAUUUAGAUGAUGUCGUUGUAAUGUCCAGGGACUAAUCCUGCCAUGAGCCCAUUUAACCAUGAAUACUGAAUCAAGGGACCAAGUGUGAUCUAAAUGGGGAUUUUAAAAUGUGAAUGUAAAAUAAUAGUUACCUCAAUUUAGUGGAAUAGGGAAUAAGGUUGAGGAAACUAUGCAACUUUGGCCUGCCUCAUUACUAAUACUGUAAGUGUUUGUGAUACUAUGACAAACAUAUUUGUAAAGUUACACAUUUUAGAGGAAAAGAGAACAACUGUAUGCCGACACCUUCACAGAGAUCCGUAACACUGCUGACCUAGUAGACUGGUGAAUGUAAAGACAACACAGACCAUUUCCCCAGGUCAUGCAUAGUUUUAAAAGCAAAUGGUGCAAACCAGGGGCAGUAUUUGUCAAGUGUCUCAGAGUAGAGGAGUGCCAAUUUAGGAUCAGUUUAGCCUUUUAGAUCACAAUGAAUAAGAUUACAUGGACAGGGAGGACCUGAUCCUAGAUCAGCACUCCUACUCUGAGACUCUUGAUACAUAUGGCUCCUGGUCUUCUGUUUACUGUAAAUUCUGUACAAAAACUCUCACACCUCUCUGUUAUUUAACCUGAUCUUUAGAGAAUUAGCUUUAAAUGGUCCUCAAAACGGCUCUGCAAUUAAAUAGUAAAACAUGUAGUAUUGAUUUUUAUUAAAACAUAUACUGUAAAGGUCACAAGGCCCUGUUAGGCAUAUUACUGUGAGCAAAAACGUACACAUUUUUGUUGUAUCCUGUGUGUAAUGGACCAAUAAAGAUCGUAUUGUAUUAGUAUAGUGCUCUACAAAUGCUGUCUGCACCGGAUCGUUCAGUGAUUUGCUAGAUUUUUUAUUAAUCUUCAGUUCCUUCUGAAUGUAGUUUUGGCAGUAGCAGGGUUGCUGCUAGUUCAGAGAGAUGACAAGCUGAACAGCUUUUCUCAGCAUUCUGUGUUUACAUUCUGUCUGGCGUAUGGCUGUGACUGAUGUAUAGCCAGAUUAGUGUGUACAGUACCAGGCUAGAGACAAUGAGCUCCUCUGUAGAAAGGACUUGGUGCUCACUGUUUCACCAACUGAGGCUGAGUGUGCAUCCCAAAUGGCACCAUAUUCCCUACAUAGUGCACUACUUUUGACUAGAGCCCUUGUUAAAUGUAGUGCACUAUGUAGGGAACAGGGUGCCAUUUGGGACUCAUCUUGGGUGAUGAGGAGGCAUACAAGUUUAGUUGGUGUCCAUUCUGCUUCUUGCUUAUGAUAAAAAUAAAUAUAGAUCAACACACACAACCCUUACAGAAAAUCCACAUUCAUUUCACGUGAUAACAUGUGAUCACGUGAUCUUAUGUGACGUUAACAUGAUAAUGUGACAUGUCAAAGUAACAUGUGAUUCAAUGAAACUACAAAUUUGAGCACGUGAAAACAUGAUAUCAUGUUAAAUAAAUGUGACAACAUGGGGAUGUAAAAUGUCAACAGUUUUUCACGUAAUAAUGCAAUUCCACAUGUGAGAGAUUUUCACAUGAAAGUUUUUUACAUGUGAAAAAAAAUACCACAUGUGAGAGUUACAUUUACUUUACCUUCUAUAACGUUAUUUGAAUGUUUGGUUUGUUAAAUGUGAUACAGCGUGUAACGUCCGCUUUCCAGACAGACCUAGCCCCGCCCCCUGUCACUCAAGGAGCGCAUUUAUUGUUCUUCUGACAGAGACGCUUGCGUUCGGUCUCUGCGUGGUCAAUGCACACAAUGUUGAUGACAACGAUGCUGUUUGCACAUUGCUACUUAAUAUAAAUCCACUAGCGUUCUAUAAUUACACUAUGAGUUUGUGUUUCUUACAUCUGCAAACAGCUAGUUUGUCUUUUCUUAGUAAAUUGGGCCUAAGUCUUGUUAGCCGCUAAUCGCUAGCUAGCUAAUAAAUGUACUGAGUCAGAGCAAACGAAACUAGAUAUACAGCCUGAUAAUACCAGCGAUGGUGUAGAACUAAAUCUGCAUGUUUUUUUUGUGCAACAGAAUGUUCUAAAUCAAAGAGGAAUACGCGAAGAAAGAAUAUGUUAGCUACAUGUAGCUAAGAGAAAACAUUCAAUGUACCCAAAGAUUAUAGGGUCCCCUAGGAAACACUUGUCAACACUUAGGUUCCUACCCUGUCACAAUAACUCCUCCCUGGCAUUUUCAUUUGUUGUCAUGUCAAACACUGUAUUCAAAGUGCCCACUAUUAUAUUCUAACUAUAGAAUUUGAAUAGUCAUUCUAUUUCCAUGAUUCCAACAGUUCACCCAAGUGUUUUGCUUUAAAACACAAGUCAAAUCGCAAUUGCAACAUUUGGUUAAAAAUAAGGUCUAGAUUGUUUACCCAUAUCAUGCAGCCCUACGUGACAGUGUGGAAAUGAUCUCAGAUGAGUGCAGGAAAUGCAGAAAUUGAUGAAAAUGCUGAAAAUAAUUUUUGGUUGAAGUUGAAUUGAACAGUAUAAAACAAUCAGAAUGGAGAAAGACCCAUUGAAAUCACUUAUAAUGUAUGUGUUGCCACCCUAUGGUCACGCACUACUCAUGAAGCAAAUGUUGAACUUUUAUUAUUCAAAAACAUAAAAUACCGUCAAAUACCAUCAUACCGUCUAAUUAAAAUACCAUGAUAUGAUAUUUUGGCCAUAUCGCCCUACAUGUGAAUCUGCAAUUCACAUGUGAGGUGAAAACAUGUUAUUCUCCUCACAUGUGAAAAGGUGGUGUUAAAAUGUGAACUCUAAAUAUAAUACCUGUUAACAUAUUUAAUGAAAAUGUCACGUUUUUUUGUAAGGGAAUUAAAUGAUAUGGGGGUUUUAAAGUAAGUGGUACGCUGUUCAGCUAAAAUAAUGUAAACAUCUUUAAUCAAUAUGAUUACAUUUGACAUGAUCACUUAGCACUGACUUUUCAAUAUGACCCCACCUGGGAUUUGAACUCACAACCUCUGGAUUUGGGGUACUCUGAUCUUUCUGUUGCACCGCAGUCUGUAGCAUUCCUCUACACAUUCAUUACAUCUCUGCACUUAGCAAAAGAGUGCCAUCUGCACUGCUAUUUCACUGACUAUUCUCUCAUCAUGAUUUCAUUUACUUAUUUCAGCAAUUUGAGGGGUUUUCUGUAUAGUUGGUGGGGCAUAUUAUUCUGUUUUAAUGUUACUCCUAAAUCACUAUGAUAAAUAUAAUAGUUUUUCUUGAGUGUAUUUUGAGAUUUCCUUUACUUAAGUCCAAAGUGUAGGAAUAAUUCUGUGAACCAAGAGGUUGUGAGUUGUUGAAUAAUAAUUACUGUAUAAAUAAACACACAAUUUAAUCAUGUAUGUCAAAGUGUGUCAAAUAUAUAAGUUGAUAACACUGUAUGUUAAAAGCACUGUGUGUGUGCAUCCUAACAACUCAUUUUUGUUUGCAGGGCAUCACCUGUGAAAUCUCAUGUGAAAAAUAUUCACAUGUGAAAAAUGUGAUGCAUGUGAAAGGCUAUGUGAUCACGUGAAAAUCCACGCGACACUUUAUGUGAAAUAUCAUCACAUGUGAAGUGUUCCAAAAACAAAUGAUUUCACAUGUGAAAUAAUUCGAUUUUCCACAUCAUGUGGUUUUUCUGUAAAAGAAGUAGGCUAAGUCGAAAAGACGAGACUGAAAAAGCUAAAGUAGAACUCUGGAAACAGUGAUUGAACUGAGUACUUUUAUACUGUAACUCUAAAGUGGUAUCUAUGUCCUUCUCAUGCACACUUACUUCUCUAAUGCAAAAUACAGUUAUUCACAUGUUGUAAAUAUUGUAUCUUAUUUUCCAGAUGGCUGGUCUUGGCUAUGGCAAUGAUGCGCUUUUAUAUCCAGAAAGGCACACACAAGGGUCUGUACAAAAGUAUAGCAAGGACACUCAAGUUUUUCCAGACAGUUGCGUUAGUUGAGGUGAGUUUCUGGAAUAUUGGCAUAGUUCUCUAUACAGCCGUAUUCAAACACAGACAUGCUCAAUGUAUUCAACCUAGACAGUUGGGAAAAUAGGCAAAUGUUGAAAUUACUGUUGACAUUUCUGGUAAGGUCCCUCUGUGUGCUUUAAAUACUUUGAUGCUGAGAGCUUUGAUGCAGAGAAGAAGUGAGGAGAGGUGAUUCACUGAUUCUGAUUUGUUAUCUUGUCAUUCAGGUGGGGCACUGUGCAAUCGGUAUGUAUUGUCUUGAAUAACCACCAUAUAAUGUGAAUAUAAGCAUAUCUCCUAGCUCUGACAGCAAUGUUGAUUUCCCCGGUUCUCACCCUUUAGGAAUCGUGAGGACCUCUGUAAUUGUGACCGGGGUUCAAGUGUGUUCACGAAUCUUCAUGGUGUGGUUCAUCACCAACAGCAUCAAACAGGUGACUAUCACAUUUAUCACCAAAGAGGUGUCUUCUAACCCUGGUUACCAUCUACAGUAAGAGGCCUUGGAGUGGGUGAGGUUAAGUUGCCCCUAGACACUGAUCUUGGAUCAGUUUAGCAUUGUCCCCACUAAUGGUUCAGUUUAGGAUUGGGGGAUGGGAAGCUGAUCCUAGAUCUGUACGUAGGGGAAACUUCACCCCGGAGUCCAACUGCAGUAAUGUCCUACUGUACAACAUGGACCCUCUUAACUUUUAACUAUCUUCUCCUCCCUCGUUUUGUCCCUUUCCUUGUUGGAAGAUCCAGAACGAAGAAAGUGUAAUCCUCUUCCUGGUCGUUUGGACGUUGACAGAGAUCACCAGAUAUUCAUUCUAUACAUUCAAUCUGCUCAACCUCCUGCCAUACUUCAUCAAAUGGGCCAGGUGGCGAUGGGGAUGGGAGGGCUGGGUUUGGGUAGCUCUGUUCCAGUGCGUUUCAUGCGGCUUGUUGAUGCAGAGCCUUCUCAGCAUCAGAAAGCUGCACGUAAACGCCCUGGACAAGAGCUAGGGUUUGCGGUGCUGUUACGGUUCUUUGCGUGUUGGUCUGGUUUGAUUGGCGUUUCCCCUGGCAUGCUUCCCAGUAGUAGCCUACAGCAAUGCAUAAGGUAUCUCCUGGCUCAUAGCCAGACAGCAUGUGAUCAGCAUGAGUGUGUUGUGUUUGUUGAUUAGCACGUUCAAUAUGGAUGUUGGCUGACCUAACUGCUAACACUAAGUACUCUGGCAUUAUCACUUUGAUUUAUGGGCUAGGACAGUUGUGGGUAACCAAUUUAUUACAUGGUAGGUGAUCAGGCAUUGAUAAGCAUACAGAUCAGAGAUUGGAGAAAAGGUGGUGACACCAUCUGUGCAGGGAUUGGGAUUUAUUCAAGCAUCUCAGAGUACGAGUGAUGAUUAAAGACCUUUUAGAUAACAAUGAAUAAGAAUACACGGACAGGGGACCUGAUCCUAGAUCAGCACUCCUACUCUGAGAUAAUAAGGUUUCUCCUCAUAUUCAGCUCUGAGUCAAGCUAUUAUUGUCUUUCCAGAUGUGGAUGACGUAAGGAUGUUGUCAUCUUUUCUCUCAUACUUUCAACAUUCCUUCACGCCUCUUUGAUGCAGACUCACAGCUUGUGUGGACCGUAGCACCACUGGUUUUGAGUCUUUCAUACACUGCACCAGACCUGGGUUCAAAUACUAUUUGAAAUAAUUUCAAAUACUUUAUCUGUGCUUGAUUAAGCUUCCCUGACUUCCAAUGGAAUAGUCCCAAAACUGCAAACCCCGCCCAUCUGGCACUCGAAGCAAGCUCAAGCAAACGCUACAAGUAUUUGAACGAUUUCAAAUAGUAUUUGAACCCAGGUCACAAUCUCAGACAUACACAACUAUUGUAACACAUGGCAUUAGCUGAUGUUGACAGGAGGUUAGGUAUCAGUGUUACCUCCCAGUCCAACAGCUAAGCAGUACUGUAGUAAAAAUACCUAUUUCUUAUGUGUAUUUUAUUAUACACAACACUCAUCAUUAUACAAAACGCUCUAUUUACCACCGCUGUCAGCAGACCGUUGACAUAACGUGGGACUAUCAGAAAGUCUAACUGUCAGCCUCGCAUAUGAAGGCCCUCAGAUGAAAUGUGAGCACUGGUGAAGAACGUCUACUACACACAUGGGGAGCAAUCUGACCGACCUAGAUUCCUGGGAUCCUAUGGCUAAGAGCUUGCUGCUUUCCGUUCAAUAUCUGAAUGUCUAGAAAUUAGAUUAGGGACCGACCCCAUUUUUUGCAUUGCUGUGCGGUAGCUAUGAGGUGACAGUGAGUGACAAUGAGACACUUUUUUCAGUGACUUCAGCAAGUCAGAUCUUGUAACCACAGAUCCUGUAACCACAGUACUGUACGUUCAAUAUGUCUGUUUACAUGUACGACAGGUCUCUUGGGUUUGCGGGUUUGCUUCACUGGUCUUGAUCAGUCAGUGUAACCCCCGUUCUCCUCCACUCUCGUCCUCCCCCAUUCCCCGUCCCCCUCUGAGUGUUCUCAAGGGUUCCUUUAAGCAGGGAGGGGAGGGGCGCAGCCAGGCCCUCAGAGGGAGGGAAGAGGGGCUCAUGUUCAGCUGCUCUUGUUUUUAAGACCAUCUGUUUCGGGCAUGGAAUGCUGGCCCAACAUUUCUCUCACAUCCGCCGAGACACUCCCCCGAGCCGCAACCACGUUCUUGAGAAAAUACGGGAUUCUUAUGCACCGCCAUCAUUAUAUAUAUAGAUCCCGCUCCUUUGAUAACCGACUUGUUUUCAUCCCCCAUACAUUUUUGUGCACUUUUGAAAUGGAAUACAGUAGUGUAAUCCUUCCUUUCUGGGUUGUUUAUUAACCAAUAUUAAACACUGUGGCACGGUUUCCUGGACACGGAUUAAGCCUAGUCCUGGACUGAAAACCAAGCUCAAUGGGGAAUCUCCAUCGAAAGUGCUUUUUAGUCCGGGGCUAGGCAUAACCUGUGUCCGGGAAACGGCCCCUGUACGUUUUGAAUAAUGAUGUGCAGAAAUCCAAUAAUGUUAAAACAUUUUGAAAAUCGUUAAUGGAGCUGAUCCUUUGGGGGCAUUCAGACCUGUUGGUGCUCAAACAGCUAAAUCAUUUUUUAAGUGCCAAUUGUAUUUUUGAAAAAUGCAAAUCUGGUUUUUGUACCCACCACAGCACAGAGACAGCCUUAGUUAAAGUGGUAAAUGAUCUUAGAGCCAACACAGAUGCCAAACAGCUCUCUGUCCUUGUACUCUUAGAUUUAACUGCUGCAUUCAACAGACUGGAGAGGUGGGUUUGGCCUCUCCGGUCCAGUUCUAAAUUUGUUUAGGACCUAUUUAACCGGUCGAGAGUUUUUUGUCACCCUUGGUGAACAUAACUCAGAGAAAAUACAUAUCACAUGUGACAUUCCACAAGGUUCGAUUUUGGGUCCGGUACUGUUUAGUUUAUAUAUGUUAACCCUUAGCAGCGUUAUCAGAAAGCACAGCAUUGAUUUUCACUGCUAUGCAGACGAUACACAACUUUACUUUUCUAUGUCACCAGAGGAUUUUAGCUCACAACUUCCUCUGGCUAAAUCAAGACAAGACCGAGGUACUUAUUGUUGGAGCCAAAGCACAGAGAGAAUCUAGCUGCACAUUUUAAUUCACUGGCAAUAAAGAUAAAACACCAGGUAAAAAACCUGUGUUAUUUUAGAUUCUUAACUCAACUUCGAAUCACACAUUAGGAAUGUGACCAAAAUAGCUUUUUACCACCUGAGGAACAUUGCAAAGGUGCGUCCGUUUCUCUCUCAGGUUGAUACAGCGAGACUCAUCCAUGCUUUUAUUACAAGCAGGCUUGACUACUGUAAUGCUCUCCUAUCUGGUCUACCCAAGAAAGCCACUGGCCAACUGCAAAACAUACUGAAUGCUGCAGCACGGGUACUGACCAAGACCAGACGGAGAGCACACAUUACACCGGUUUUAACGUCUCUGCACUGGCUGCCUGUGAGAUUUAGAAUUCAUUUUAAGAUUAUUCUAUUGGUUUUUAAAUCAAUCCACGAUUGUGCACCCCAAUACAUGUCAGAUGCUUUUAAGUUAUGUACUCAGUAGGUCCCUCAGGUCCUCUGGCACUGGCCUGUUAACUAUCCCUGUGGUCCUCUGUAGCUCAGCUGGUAGAGCACGGCGCUUGUAACGCCAAGGUAGUGGGUUCGAUCCCCGGGACCACCCAUACACAAAAAUGUAUGCACGCAUGACUGUAAGUCGCUUUGGAUAAAAGCGUCUGCUAAAUGGCAUAUUAUUAUUAUUAUUAUUAUUAUCCCAAAACCUAGGAACAAGAGGCAUGGAGAGGCAGUCUUUAGUUAUUAUGCCCCCAGCCUCUGGAAUAGCCUGCCAGAGAAACUGAGGGGGGGGCGAAACUGUGGACAUAUUUAAAAGAAAUCUUAAAACACAUAUUUUUAGCUUUGCUUUUCCUCAGGGGGCUUUUUAGUUGUUCAGUUUGUGUAAUUCUUUUGUUUUUUAUGUUAUGUUUGUUGGGUAGUAAAUAUUUCAGCUUUUUUUCCUCUAAAGCACAUUGCGUUGCGUUCCAUGUCUGAAAUGUGCUGUAUAAAUAAAGCUUCAUUUGAUUUGAUUUGUUAUAUUGUGCGUUACAAAUGCCAUUAUAUUCCCUAGAGCAGUGGUUCCCAACCAGGGGUACUAGGACCCCUGGGGGUACUUGGCCUAUCCACAGGGGGUACUUGAGCAGACUCAUGAGACCAUAGGCCUAAUGGUGAAAUGCACAUGAAGGGGUACUUCAGGGGUACUCCGGGCAGAGCAAAAUGAAGUUGGCAGUACAAUAACUGAAAAAGGUUGGGAACCACUGGCCUAGAGCCCUAAAUGGGCACUGGUCCAAAGUAGUGCACUAUAUAGGGAAUAGGGUGCCAUUUGGGACACUGCCGCAGUUGACGUUGCAUAAAGCUAAGGUUAAGAAUAGCCUACUGUAAGUGAGACAGCAUCAUGCCUAAUGUUGUUCUGGUGUCAGUGUAACAGUAUUGCUUCCGUCCCUCUCCUUGCCCCAACCUGGGCUUGAACCAGGGAACCUCUAAACACAUCAACAACUGCCUCCCACGAAGCAUCGUUACCUAUCGCUCCACAAAAGCCACAGCCUUUGCAGAGAAAGGGAAACAACUACUUCAAGGUCUCAAAGCGAGUGACGUCACCGAUUGAAACGCUGGUACCGCGCACCGCUAACUAGCUAGCCAUUUCACACUGGUUACGUCAGUGUGUUAAGAUACUAAAAACAUGUCAGCCAUCACUAUAGUAAUCAAGCAUUUAGUGGCCUAAUUCACUGGCAAAUGCUACAAGACACUCUUUCAAGAUGGCAUACAUUUUUCCCCUUCAUUCUGCAGUGUACGCAUUCCAACGUAGUGUGAAGUAGUUUUUUUAUCGUUCUUUGCUGUACGGCUGAAGUGUGUGUAUGUGUGCACGUGUGCACGUGUGCAUGCCUCUGUGUGUUUGUGUUAUUGAUAACUCUCCUCUCUCUGUCAGAUACAACAUGUUUAUCAUCAUGUACCCUCUCGGAGUGGCCGGAGAACUCCUGACCAUUUACGCUGCUUUGCCGUUCGUUCGCAAAACCGGAAUGUUCUCCAUGAGGCUCCCCAACAAGUAUAACGUCUCCUUCGACUACUACUACUUCCUCAUCAUUGUCAUGCUCUCCUAUAUCCCAUGUAAGCAGCUACGUACAACCUGUUUGUAUGUUCAGCCUAUAGGCGGACGUUAAUUACUCAUGGGUGUUGAUUGUCUCUUGUUUUGACAAGCGGAAUUGUUCAGGAGUUCAGUAGUUAGUGAUAGCUGUUGUUAAUUUGGGAUUGUUUUGGGUUGUUUGGGGUAGUUUGUGGUCUCUGUUUUGGUGUAUUUUGGGGGAUGGUUUGGGUUGUUUUGGAUAAUUAGUAGGACCUAGUGUUUGAUGUAACUAAAAUGAUGGUUAAGUGCCUUUCUUUCUUUGAAGGCUUUUUGUUAAAAUAUUGAUCUGGACUGGAUAAUUGUUUAGAUUGGUGGGUAAAAUCUCCCCCCCCUCCCCCCUCUCUCUCUCUCCUAGUGUUCCCACAGCUCUAUUUCCACAUGCUCCGUCAGAGGAGAAAGGUGCUUCUUGGGGAGAUCAUAGUGGAGAAGGACGAGUAGAGCCGCCUCACAGUCCAGCAACUGGUGUUCGUUUUGGGACAGCGAGUCAGCACAGCCCCCCUGCCGCCACAUCAAUUCACCUUUGGUACUGCACCCCCCCCCCCCCCCCCCCCCCCCCCCCCCAAGUUCUCCACACUGCAACGCAAGCAACCGGGAGAGUCAGACCACUACCAACAUCACGGGAUUAACCAUGUAAUAAUCACAGAAACAGGAUUAUGACAUUCACCAGAAUAACCCAACUGGAUUAAAUAGUGCUGCAAGAGACAUCAUUACCCAACAGGAAUAACCGUCAUCAGAAUCAUCAUGAACAGUCAUCACCAAACAGUCAUCAAUCAACCAGAAGUAUCAUUACAGAACAGGAGUAGUCAGCGGAAUACAAUCUCUAGCAUCUCUAGAAUAAUCAUCAUCAUCACAAAACUGGAACAUUGUGCUGUGCAUGCAUCCUUGUUUGUUCCACUGUGUCUUCACUGUCCCAGUGCAGAUAGCUAGAUCCCCAGAGAGAGAGAGAGCACUAACUCCACCAGCCAGCAUGGCCACAACAUGCUGCACUGAACCCCUGCAACCUGAUAGCAUACGGCACUGAUUACCUGCUACAACUGCCACACAACAAUAUUGGAAGGCGCUUGCUGUGCAUUGGGUCAACCACACAGCAGAUACAUACUGAACCCACCAUCAGUGCAACAUAGAGGGAGUUCGAGGGAAUCAGGGAAGGGUGAUAUGAAAGGAGGGUGAAGGAUAGAUGAUAGUUGUGUCCCCUGAACUGUUUUAUUUCUUCUUUUAAAUUGGAAAUUAAUUUUUUAAGUAUUUUUAUGCGUUUUCCACCACAGUGAUUUUAUACAUAAAUAGCAUGUGGCAACAAUGACUAGACAGAAGCUCAAAAAAGAGAUGCGUAGACAUAUGACCUCGACAACAAACAGACAUUUGGGCAAUAUGCUGCUUCCUUGGUGUAUGUGUGUUGUACUUUAUUUGUAAACAAUGAAAUGUGAAACGGCACCAUUAGUAGGUUAUUUUAUGCACAGAUUGGAUCAUUUGAAGAAUGACUUAAUUUAUUCACAUAUCACAUGGUUGGCAAUUAUGUGGUUUUUAACAGUAAAACACUUGUAUUGAAUGUUAUUAGUACUUAAGGUGUAGCCGAGACUGCUCAAAUUAGUUUUUUGCUUUGCUCAGCUCUAAUGUUCUCUCCAUGUUGCUUUCAUGUUUACUAAGAGCUCAGUCAAAUUUAUUUACCAGUGUGCAUCUUAAAGAAGGUUGAAUGUUUGCAGAAAAGCUCUUGUUUUCGAAAGUUCAAGCCAACCUAGGAGACGCGCAGAGAAGAUAAGAGAUAAUAAAUUAUUUCUGAGCACUCACAGUCUUCAGUUAGUCACUGUUUUGUUCUUUAUGUUAAAAAAUCUGUGUUCAGGAUCCAUUGUCCUUGUUGGUAAUGUACUGGUAGUUAGUGUUAGAUUACCUCUUGUCCUGGUUGGUAAUGUACUGGUAGUUAGUGUUAGAUUACCUCUACUAAAAGGUGCUACUGUGACAGAUCGUUUCAAUCUUCUGUGCAGCUGAAGGAUAGAUUGGAAUUGGGGUC